AUGGAUAACUCUUCGUCUUUGUUUUCGAGGGAAGCCCCCAAAAUUCUGUCCAUUGGAGAUCUAGAUGCCGUCAUUGAAACCAGAGACCCGAAAACCGGGGAACUCGAGUGUAUCACAUUCUACGUGAUCACGGAUGAUGAUAGGAUGUUCUUUGGGCAACUUCAAAGGGCCAAGGACGAAGUCACGAGUCUAGAACUCACUGAGGCCUUGGAGCCUGUGCCGGACUAUGUGAUCUUCCCUGCUGUGCCUAGCGACAAGGAGUUGACGAUUGCGCGAGAUCACGCAACCGACGAGGCGUACAUCAAACGACCGACAAUGUCCUUCUACGAACUCUUCAAGAACGACGGUUUUCUAGCGAGAAUUCUCCUAAGCGAGUCCGUCGUCAUGGAACGCAUUUCGCAGCAUCCGCAUCCAAACAUAGUCAAGUACUACGGCGUGCGAGUGAGACGAAACCGCAUCACCGGGCUCGUCCUGGAGAAACACCCGGAUACCCUCUUAGAGCACGUCAAGCAGCGUCAAGCCAUAGACGAAGACGAAGUCAUGGAAGGACUCGAAUCGGCUGUCGCCCACCUCCAUUCGCUUGGGCUGGCACACAACGAUAUCAACCCGGAGAACAUCAUGGUUUCCCGGAACAAGGCGCCAAUUCUCAUCGACUUCGGCUCUUGUCAACCGUUUGGCAAGCGGCUCAUGACCCUAGGUACCGAAGGAUGGGUUGAGAGCAUGGAUGCCAACUCGAGCAGACAGCAUGAUAUUUUUGCUAUCAAUAAGAUCCGGGAGUGGUUGAAGAAUCCGUGGUUUGAGUAG